CUCAACGCCAAAGCGUCAGUCAGUGGAUGCAACAAGGGCUAGGGAGGAGAAUAAUUCACCUAGACAAACUACGUCACAAAGAAGUCGUAGAAAUAGUGCUCAGCAGCAACAGACUUAUUCAAUGGAAACCGUACCUGAAGAUGCUCAGCAAAGAAAUUUCGAUGUAUUGUCUAACGAUUCCAGAGGUGAUAAACUAAGAUCUAAUAAUACUGAACCAAGUAAUAGGAAACAAUCAGAAUCGGAGUAUGGUCGCAGCCGAGACAGCAAAGGAAUGAACGGUGAAGAAUAUGAGCCAAAUCACUCUCAAAGACAACGUGAAAAGAUAUGUAAAUGCUCUUAUUAUCCAACGGGGAGGAGUACCCGAAAUAAUCAAAAUUAUUCUUCAUAUCCAGCAAGUAAUACACAAAGCGACUACUAUGAAGUUGAUGCAGAUUAUGAUCGUGUCAACGGCCGAAGCCGCCAGGAGGAUUACAGAAAAGUCCGUGCAUAUAAUACUGAUGUUCCUGAAAGGUACCAGACCGAUCCUAGUAACGUCCGCAGACGAAGCGAUGAUGACAAUCGUCCUAGAACUCCAACAACUGAUAAUUACAGAGAGUAUGAUUCUGAUAUGCCUGAGAGAUUGCAGACUGGUUUAAGAAACGACAGUAGACGAACCGAUGACAAUUAUCGUUCCAGACCCCCAACAAUUGAGAGUUAUAGAGAUAAUCCAGUGUAUAAUUCUGAUACGCGUGAGAGAAUGCAGACUGGUUCAAGAAAUGGCGGUCGACGAACCGAUAGCAAUAAUCGUUCAAGAAAUGAGAUUUAUAGAGAUAUGCCUGAGACCGGAGGAAGAAGGUAUACUUGUUGUUACAGUAAAUACGAUCGUGCUAAAGAAUCAGCAUACAAGUCCCCGGCAUAUAAUAACGAUGUAAUUGACGACGAUGAGUAUAAUGCAUGCGUUAGGCAAUGUUUACCUAAAAAAUAUCAAAGCACUGACUAUAAUCGCAAAGCCUACAACAGUGACAAUGUGCCGGCUGUUGAAGAAAACUUCAGGGGAAAUGGUAAUUCGAAUCUCAAAUAUGAGGCCGAAGAGAAUGGCUAUGAAAGACAGCAGGAAAAUCGAAUCGAUGAGUAUACUGCCUGUAAUUCUGAAUGUCCGGUUCAUCAGGAGAGUUCAAGGUACGCUCGAAAGUAUCAAAAUGAAGAACCGGAAUAUCAGAAUCAACAGGCACCUCAAGUUAAUCUGUAUGUGACUUGCCAUUCCGAAUGUCCAUUUCGCCAGGAGGAUGGGUCCAGGUACCAAGAUUGUCACUCUCUUAAAUAUCAGAUUGAAGAAAAUAACUAUGAAAAUGAUCAGAAUACUCGAGCUGAGGAGUAUGCAGCAAGUCCGUCCAAUCAAUACCAGGAAGACUAUGGAAAAACAUACGAGAACUUUAAUAAUCAAAACGACGCUAAUAUGGAUUGCCAAUGUGAAGAAAGUCUGCUACCUGUGAAUAUCCAGAGCACAGUGGAGCAAAUUACAGAUGAGAUCAAUGUAAUUCGGUACGCUGAUUGUAUACCAGAUGAAUGUCCGGCUUAUCAGGCAAAUAUUGAAAAUCCUGUCGAUGAAAUGCUAGAUUGCGAAUGUCCCACAGACGAGGAAGAACUACAGAAACCAAAAGCCGAGCAACCACAACAAGCUGAUAUGUUUAAGACGAACAUAAUUUGUCAAUGCGAGGCAGCCGUGGAGACUGAUCUAGAUAUGUCAUUAAAGGACAGAUAUACACCACGAAAAGAAAGUGCAUGUGAAUGUCCCGAAGCAGCCGUGAAUGCGACAGUGGUGUCCCAAAACGGGAUUGAGGAGAAAAAUUACAAAUCAAACGACAGGAGUCCGCUAAAUCAAAAGCCCCGACCACCAAAAGUGAACAGAAGAAAGCUUUGUUCAUGCAAGCCGCCUGUUAUAUACAAAAAUAAAAGCCCUAAAUCGCCAAAUGGAGUGUCAAAAGCUGAGACAUCUAAACAAAGAUCUUGCUCACCGGCGGGUACGAAAGCUCGUCCAUCUAGCAAACGUCAAAAUCGUGUGGAGGAUGAUAACAUAAACAAAUUCCAGGGUCUCGGCGGCCAACGAUGCAAUCAAAUUUUUAAGUUGCAUAACGGCGGUAAAACCAUUAGUCUAGGCGCUGAAGAAAACGGCUAUAGUAUACAGGAACAGACAGUUGUCUCUCAACCAUGUGAUGGCAUGUCCAUAGUGUGCUCAUUUUCAGUGCCAGCUGUAUUGGCUGAGAAGACAAUAGAUAUGCUGAGCACUCACAUUGCAAGCAAAGCGCCGCCAGACGUCGACGUAAAGCCUGCAGGCUCACGCAGGAGUUUGCCGGGAGAAAUGCCACCAAAGAAUGGCGCAUCUGGUACUGAGACGUCAAACCCAGGCUGUCGGUAUAGAAGUAAUCCAUUUUUAAAGCUCAACUACGAGAUCUCCAAAGGCAAUAUAAUUGUAUGGCAUCCUCCGGCCCAAGGCUUCCGAGCCUCGAAGAAUUCGUUCAGCAUGAAGGAUUGUAAGAUUGACAAUAGCCAAGCUUCAAAGUUGGAGAAAUCCACCCCGUCAUUAUCAACCAAAUAGAAAUACGAUCAACAAUGCCAACCGAAAGCCCAAUCUAAACAUAACUCUAGUUCCUUUACACAUAUCACAACCACAACCCAACCUUCCAUAAAAUGUUAUUCAACAACUAAAAAAAAAACUGCAUU